AUAUCGCGGCGGGCAGACUUGAACACGUAUAGUGUACUUGAAUGCGCACGCUCUUUUAGAUAGCGAAACGAACACAUAUUUGCCUUUAAACCACAAAUAUCGUACACGAUUCACGUUCACUUGAAGACCCGUGUGCUUGUAUCGUGUGUGCAUGUGUGUGUGUGUGUGGUGUAUGUGUAUGCUUGCGUGCGACUGUAUAUGUGUACGAGCGUGCAUGUUGCGUAUGUGUGUGUGUGUCUGAAUGUGUCGGCUUUAAUUUACACGCACCCCAACAACAAUAUACAAAAUAUUAGUAUUUAAACAGGAAGGCAAAACAUAAGGAACAGCAAAAUGUCAUAUCCACCGCGAGCGCCGAUGCCGCCAUAUAUGAAUGCAUCGAUACCACCGCCGCAUCUGAUGCCUCCGAUACCCCCGCCACGCAGCUACCGCAACUCGGCGACGAUCAGCUCACAGCCAACAGUCUAUCAUAGACCGCCGGAGCCGCAGCCGCAAUUCCGUGGACCCGUCAUCACCGUCUUCGUGGGCAAUAUCAGCGAAAGAGUCCCGGAAUCGCUGCUCAAGCGCAUUCUAGCCGCCUGCGGCGUUGUCAUCAAUUGGAAGCGCGUCUCCACUUUCGGAUUCUGUGAAUUCGACGGUCCCAUUGCGGCCAUGAGAUCUGUGCGUCUGCUGAGCGAACUGGAGAUUGAUGGUAAGAAGCUGGUGGCUAAGGUGGAUGCAAAGAACAAAGUGCUAAUCGAGGAUUACAAGGAGAAGGAGUGCAAGAAUGGCGAGGGCGGUCCCAAUGCCAUGGACGAAAAGACUGAGGACGAGUUCGCGACCAGCCAAAUGCACGAGCUACUCGAGGAGCACAAGCACGAGUUCGAGGGCUUCGACGGCACGAAUCGCGGCGAUCUAUACGGCAGCAGCAGCAGCAAUCGCAACAAGAAGACGCGACGCGGCGAGGAUGACAUCAAAAUCAAAUCGUUAAACGACAAUGCGCUCGAGGAGGAGAAACGCAACCUGAUCAGCAGCGAAAUUGGCAAAUUCCGUAAGCGCGCCGAGGCCGAUGAGCAUCGCAAGGAGCUGGAAAAGGAGAAGGAAAAGGAGAAACAGCUGGCCACCAAGGAGAAGGAAAAGGAGCGCGAACGCGAUCGCGAGCGCAAAAAGCAGCGCGAAAGCGAACGCAAAACGAGCAGCAGCAGCGCCAGCGGCAGCGGCAAGCCCCCAGCCAGCAUCAGUGCCAGCAGCGAGGUCGAGGAGGUGGUCGAGAUCAGCGAGAAGGAGCCCAGCAAGGAGCCGAGCAGUCGCAGCCGCAAGGAGUCCAUUGUCACCAUCGAUGUGUCGCCGGCGCGCAAGGAGCACAAGGAGCGCAGCAACAGCGACUCGCACAAGGAGAGCAGGCGUCGCGAUCGGCGCUCCAAGUCGCGCACCAAGGAGCGCGAUCGUGAUCGCGACCGUGAGCGCGAACGUGAGCGCGAGCGUGAGCGUGAGCUAAUGCGUGAGCGCGAGCUCCGUGAGCUGCGCGACAAGGAGCGUGAACGCGAGCGCGAACGCGAGCGUGAUCGCGAACGUGAACGUGAGCGAGAGCGUGAACGUGAGCGCGAGCGCGAGAGAGAGCGCAUCGAGAUGCGCGAGCGGGACAGGGAGCGCGAGCGUGAGCGCGAGCGCGAGGAGAAGAUCAUCAAGCCCGUGCGUGAUGCACGGCGCGAAAAGGAAAUGGAGGAGGAGAUGCGCGAGCGCAAGAAGGCCGAGAAGAAGGCACGCGAAAAGGAAGCGGCCUACCAGGAGCGUCUGACCAACUGGGAGAUACGCGAGAAGCGCAAGGCCAAGGAGAAUGAAAAGUAUCGUCACAAGGAGCUGAUGCGACAGGAGGAGCGCGAGAAGGACGCCAAACGGCUGAAGGAGUUCGUCGAGGAUUAUGACGAUGAGCGCGACGAUGUGCUCUACUACAGAGGCCGCGAGCUGCAGCAGCGUUUGGCCGAGCGCGUCCGGGAAGCUGAUGCCGAUUCCAAGGAUCGCGAAAAGGAGGCCGACGAACUGGCCGAACUGAAGAACAAAAUCUUUAGCGGCGAAUUCGAGAAUCCGUCACAGGAAUACGAGAAGGCGCGCCGCGAAAUCGAGAAACUCUACGAGCCGCGCAUCCUGAUCAAUGUCAACCUGGAGGCGCAGCGACGCGACACAGAGCUGCAGCCCCUCCAGCAGCAGCAACUGCAGCAGCAGCAGCUGCAGUCGGAGAGACGCAAGCAACAGCUGAACGAUGACUACGAUAGCCGCGACAGCGUCGGGGUGUCGGGGGGUGCUCAGGUGGGGCACGUGCAUAAGCCGCCGCCCUCGGAGGAUUCCAUAUCGACCAAUGACGAGCGCGCCUCCAUGGCGGACACGGCUUCCAAUGCCAGCGGCUAUUCGCAUCUGAAGAACAGCAACAACAACAACAUUAGCAACAACAACAAUAACAACAACAACAACAAUAGCAACCAGGCGGACAGCGUCAGUCGCCAGAACAGCGAAUCGAGAGAUUCGCUGGCCAACAUUCACACGCCCACAAUGAAUGCCAUGGACAAUGAUCAUGCCGCGUCCGCGUCUGCCUCCGCCGUGACCAUGCCGAUCAUCUCGCUCACAUUGGGCAACAAUCUCAAAAAGAAAAUGAUCGAGGCCACCGGCGUUUUUGUCAACGACGACGACAACGACGAGAACAUCAAUCCCAAGAAGCGCAAACUUGUGCCGUUAGAUUACGAUGACAAUAUAAGCAAUAGCACCACGCCGAUGAGUGCAUCUCAGACGGCCGCGGAGCGUCAAAGUUCUGCUGUAUCAGCGGCGACAGCUGCUGCCGCUGCCGUUAGCCAAAAGAUAGCCAAUGCCGGUGGCGGCGGCGGCGGCUCUGGCUCAACAUCAUCCGGCUCGAUGGGCAGCGGAAAUGGCGGCAAGAAUAGCGGCCAGCAUGGAAAGCAUGGCAACAGCAGCGGCGGUGGCGGCAAACACCAUGGUAAGAAUGAUGCAGCCGCAUCUGCGGGCAGCGCAGAUGCUGCCGCGACAAACACCAAAAAGGAUGAGAAUGGUGCGAAGGUGCAUGAUGAAAAACGCCGCCAUAUAAAAAGCAUUAUUGACAGGAUACCCACACAAAAGGAGGAGCUAUUUAAUUAUAAGCUUGACCGCAACGAGAUUGACAGCGGUCUAAUGGAACGCAAAAUACGUCCAUGGAUCAAUAAGAAAAUCAUCGAAUAUAUCGGUGAGCCGGAGCCAACGUUAGUGGACUUUAUAUGUUCCAAAGUAUUGGCCGGCAGUCCGCCCCAAAGCAUACUGGACGAUGUCCAAAUGGUGCUGGACGAGGAGGCUGAGGUGUUUGUGGUGAAAAUGUGGCGACUGCUCAUCUACGAAUUGGAUGCCAAAAAGAGUGGCAUCGCCGGCAAGUAGAUGGCAGCGUGGUGUAUAACAGCGACCGACCUGCAGAGAGGUUGCUAUACUUUAAGUUACAUUUGUAAUGCCUAGACACUAUACAAAAACGAAACAAAAAAGUAAUAAUAAUACGAUAAACCAAA